GUCAGAUCUUAAUUUAGCCACCAACUGGGUACUUAAUUUUAGAUACACAGAGGAACACAUUGGCUCCAAGACACUUCCUCUGAUUUAGGAAGGCAAGGUCCUGGAUAAGAAUGACAAGAUGAUAAUUCCAAAAGGUAAACUCUAUAUGCGGUUCUGUGGCAUUUGCUGAUAAUAAGAAUUUGCCUCUUUCAAAAUUAUAUUCCGUCAUGGAUGCUAAUGAUGACCCCGAUGAAGAUCAUCUUACAAGUUAUGAUGUUCAGCUCAGUAUUCAAGAAUCCAUUGAAGCCAGCAAGACUGUGUUAUAUCCUGAAAGAUUUGUACCACUAAGUGAUCAAAAGAGAAAGCUGGUGGAAGCCAUAAAGCAAGGUCACAUUCUUGAGCUCCAGGAGUAUGUGAAAUAUAAAUAUGCAUUGGAGGAGGCUGAUGAAAAAGGAUGGUUUCCAUUGCAUGAAGCUGUUGUUCAACCCAUUCGACAAAUACUUGAGGUUGUCCUGGAUGCAUCCUGUAAGACGCUCUGGGAGUUCAAGACCUCUGAUGGAGAAACACCCUUGACUUUGGCAGCCAAAGCUGGUCUGGUGGAAAAUGUAAGAACUUUACUAGAGAAAGGAGUGUGGCCAAACACCAAAAAUGACAAAGGAGAGACACCCCUUCUGCUUGCUGUGAAAAUGGGCUCCUAUGACAUGGUGUCUGCCCUGCUUAAACACCACACCAGCCUUGACCAGCCCUGUGUCAAGCAAUGGUCAGCAAUGCACGAAGCAGCCAAACAAGGCCACAAAGAUAUAAUAGCUCUACUACUAAACCACAGAGGCAAUGUCCACCUAAGAGACGGAUUUGGAGUCACCCCGUUAGGUGUUGCGGCCGAGUAUGGUCACUGUGAUGUGUUGGAACACCUGAUCCACAAAGGAGGGGAUGUGUUUGCUUUGGCGGAUGAUGGGGCAUCAGUGUUGUUUGAGGCAGCAGGAGGGGGCAAUCCUGACUGCAUCUCCCUCCUGCUGGAAUAUGGAGGAAGUGGAAACAUACCUAACAAAGCAGGGCAUCUUCCUAUACACCGAGCUGCCUACGAGGGACAUUAUCUUGCACUGAAAUAUCUUAUUCCAGUAACAUCCAAACAUGCAAUUCAGAAAAGCGGGCUAACGCCAAUUCACUCAGCAGCAGAUGGACAAAAUGCACAGUGCCUAGAACUGCUUAUUGAAAAUGGCUUUGAUGUCAAUACCCUGCUUGCUGACCACAUUUCCAAGAGCUACGAUGAUGAACGGAAGACUGCUCUCUAUUUUGCCGUUUGCAAUAAUGAUAUCCACUGCACAGAAGUCCUCCUGGCUGCAGGUGCAGACCCAAACUUAGAUCCCCUCAACUGUCUUCUUGUGGCGGUGAGGGCCAAUAAUCAUGAAAUUGUCAGGCUGCUUCUCGCCCAUGGAGCUAAUGUCAAUUGUUAUUUCAUGCAUGUGAAUGACACUCAUUUCCCCAGUGCCAUUCAGUAUGCCCUAAAUGACGAGGUAAUGCUCAGGCUGUUGCUGAAUAACGGCUAUCAAGUGGAGAUGUGCUUUGACUGCAUGCACGGGGACAUCUUUGGAAAUUCGUUUGUAUGGUCAGAGAUAGAGGAAGAGAUACUGCCGGGAUGGACGUCUUGUGUCGUAAAAGAUAACCCGUUCUGUGAGUUUAUUACAGUUCCUUGGAUGAAACACUUGGUAGGCAGAGUUAUUCGUGUGUUAAUGGAUUACAUGGAUUAUAUCCCUCUGUGUGCUAAACUGAAAUCUGCACUAGAAGUACAGAGAGAAUGGCCAGAAAUCCGUCAAAUACUAGAGAAUCCCUGCUCCUUAAAGCAUUUAUGUAGGUUAAGAAUUCGAAGACUUAUGGGACUCCAGCGACUCUGCCAGCCAGCCUUAAUGGAGAAGCUCUCUCUGCCACCAACUAUUCAAAGAUAUAUAUUAUUUAAAGAGUAUGAUCUCUAUGGACAAGAGCUAAAAUUGCCAUAAUUUAAAAUAAUAUUUUUAAAUGUGAUUUAAAAAAUGUGUUUAAAUGAGAUUCCUUCAGAGAAUUUCUUGGAACCAUUUUAUAUCCUUAUGUGUAUUUAAAUCCAUUGACAAUUUUAUAACUGGAUCCUGGGUUCUUUUGGGAGCACCAUAUUUUACAUCUCUAAGGACCUUUUACAUUGUGAUUUUUUAAAGCUAGUCAAUAUUUUGCAUUUGAAUUUCUAUUGAUUGCCUUCACUUGCAGUAAGUCUUCAAACUCUCCUUAUCAAGUGACCCCUACAAUAUCCAUGAGCAAGUCUCUCCUAUGUUUAUAAAACAAAGAACCACUUUCUCAAACCCACAUCUCCAGCCAGUUGCUGCCCCAUUCUCUCCUUUCUUUUAUCACCACACGGCGUAAAAGAGCUCUUUCCUGUCCGCAGAUUCACUCACUGUAAUCUGGCUUCUGCUCCUUCCACGGCCCUUCCCAAGGUCUUUAACAACUUGCUUGUUGCUACUUUCAAUGAGCAUCCUUCAGUCCUUUCAAGUGAUUCCUGCAGCAACUGACUGAUUGCCUGCUCCCUCCAGGAAACAGUUCUCCGGAUACUUUGCUCUCUUGGCUCUCUUCCCACCUCUCUGGCCUCCUUGUCUCUGGCUUCUUUCUGCAUUGCUUAUCUCCUGCCAACUCUUUAGUAAUACGUCUUAAGUCCCCUUUUUUUAUGCUAAGUUCUCUGGGAAAUUUCAUCCAUGUCCAUGGUUUCGUUUACUAUCUACAUGCUGUCGAAUGUAAAAUUAAUAUCCGAAGUUCAGCUUUCUCUCACGUGCUUGAGACCUGUGUAGACAAUUGGCCUAAGGGACCUCUGAAUACAAAGAUACCUCAAAUGCAGCAUGUCCCCAAAUGAACUCACUGUCUUCCUCCACAAAAAGGCUCCUUUUCUUACCAUCUCUAGCUCAAUAGUUAACCCAAUUAUCAAUUCAGUUUCCCAAGUCAAAAGCCUGGACAUCAACCUUGACCAUCUCAUUUUCUUUACCCAAUAGAACAAAUCACCAAGUCCUGGUAAGUUUAUUUCAUGAAGUCAUCUUCUACUCAGUCUCACUAAUUCAGCCCAAAUACCAGCUAUUAUCUCCUUUCUUCCUGGGACACUGUAGUGCUACCCAGCUGGUCCUUUUCCCUGCUAUCUUGCCUCAUCUAACACACAUUCUACACAUAACAUCCCAGAGUAAUCUUUUACAAAUGUAAGCAAGUUUCACUCCCCUGCUUAAAAUCAUUCCCAUUGCUCUUAGGUAAAGUCCAAAAUUCUUCCAUGGCCCUUCAUGAUCUAACUGCCUGCCUUAGCCUUAUCUCCUGAUAUCUCCCUUACCGUCCUCUUUAACCAUGUUAAACACCUUUUAGAAGUUUAUUCUUUGAACAGUGAUUCCCAGAUUUUUCGAUUUCAUAUGUUAGUAGUUUUUAGUAAUUUUAAAAAUAGGGUCAUCUAUUUAUCCCUGUCAUUUCAUAAGAGAGGGGCCAUUUUAAUGCCAGAAAAUGGGGCUGCCUUAAACUCAGUUAUUAAAAUUGAAUGACUUUAGGGGAAUUCCCUGGCAAUCCAGUGGUUAGGACUCUGAGCUUCCACUGCAGGGGUCACGGGUUCAUUCCCUGGUUGGGGAACUAAGAACUCUGUAUGCCGUACAGCACAGCCAAUAAAUAAAUACAUACAUAAAUAAAAUGUUUAAAAAAUCUAAAAAAAACUAAUUGAAGGACUUUAGCUUUGAAAAGACUUACAGUUUGGUCUUCAUUUUCCCAUUGAGUGAAAAUUUCAUUCUGUCCCGACAAGUCUCUGAGGCCUUUUAUUUGGGAACCACUGUUAUAGAAGAAACCAUACUCUCUUGUACCUCAGGGUUUUUGCAUGUUCUACUUCUUCUGCCUGGAAUCCUUUUUCCAUCUCCUUCUUCCCCACUCCAUCCUUUAUCCUACAGGUCUCAGUUUAAAUGUUCUUUCCUCUAGGAUGGGAGGCCCCAGAACUGCCCUUCUCAUGCUUUAUUACAGGAGCCUAUGUUCCCCAUCUGUCUGCCCUACUAGACUGUAAGCUCUAUGAGGGCAGAUUUGUUUUGCAGUGUUUUCUUAGGGCCAAACACAUUCCCUAAGAGCAUAGAGAAAGUGCAAAAAUUACUUGUUGAAUAUACUGAAGGAGCGAAUGUCAUAUGAGAGCCAGACAAAAGUAAUCAGUGACCUCAUGGUAAAAUGAUAGUUUUGAGUCUCUGAAUUGGUUAUAUAGCUUUAUAAUGUAAUUACUUAGACUCAUUCUUCUUAGAUUUUUCUUAUUUUUAUCUUAAGGGUUAUUGUAUUCUUUCAAUAAUAAUACCUCACUGGUUUAUGAACUUUUCAAAUUGUAUUUAGCUCUAGUUAUAGGUAUGAAAAAAAACUGAAUAAUUAGAGCUAUAGUUUUAACAGCUUUUAUUCCCUAAAGAAUAUAUUUUCCUAUAGAUUAAGCUCUAAUGUAUUUAAAUAGAACUAUAAUGUUUUGUGUAUGGGAUUUCAUGAUUCCUCUGUUGCUCUCCUACUUGUGGCUAAAAUACAUUGUUACCUAUAAAUAUUGCUCUAAAUAAAUUUUUAAAAUAAGGAUGUAAGUGUGCUAUAUGAUACUUCAGAUAUUAAAUAAACUAAAACUUUGAUAUUUAACGUAUUAUUGUAUAAAUACGUUCAGGAUACUUCAGAUAUUAAAUAAACUCCAGUAUGCAAAAGUUUGA